AUGGGAGUUCCAGCCUUUUUCCGAUGGCUCUCUCGAAAAUAUCCUUCUAUUGUAGUACAUUGUGUGGAAGAAAAGAUGAAGGUUGUUCAAGGGUUAAAAAUACCUGUUGUUGAUGCUACACUACCUAAUCCCAAUGAAGUGGAGUUUGAUAAUCUCUAUCUUGAUAUGAAUGGUAUUAUUCAUCCAUGUUGUCAUCCUGAAGACAAACCUGCUCCAGAAAACGAAGACGAGAUGAUGGAAGCAAUCUUUGAAUAUAUUGAUAGGAUCUUUAAUAUUGUUCGUCCUCGUAAAGUCCUUUACAUGGCUAUUGAUGGAGUGGCUCCUCGAGCUAAAAUGAACCAACAGAGAUCACGACGAUUUAGAUCUGCUAUAGAAGCUAAGUAUAUAAACUGGAAGAGAUUAAAGCGUAUUCGUAGUAAACUUAGAGAGGAUGGUUGUGAACUGCCACCAUUAAAACCUGAUAAUGCUCACUUUGACAGCAAUUGUAUUACUCCAGGUACACCAUUCAUGGUCAUACUAUCUGAUGCUAAUGUUCCCGGUGAAGGGGAACACAAGAUAAUGGACUACAUUCGUAAACAACGUGCUUCCCCUGGACAUGACCCAAACACACAUCAUUGUUUAUAUGGAGCAGAUGCUGAUUUGAUAAUGUUGGGAUUAGCUACACAUGAACCUUAUUUCACUAUCUUAAGAGAAGAGUUCAAACCAUCAGCCACGCCAUGUGAAGUCUGCAACCAAUAUGGUCAUACUAUGAAGGAAUGUACUGGUUGAAGUUAGAGUGAAUUUGAUGAGUUAGCUACUUCUAGUAUUGCUCAAGAGAAGCAGUUUAUUUUUAUUAGAAUCAAUGUCUUGAGAGAAUAUCUUCAAAGAGAUCUAAAUAGAUGGUUUAAGUUUAAAUAUGAUUUUGAAAGAGUUAUUGAUGAUUGGGUUUUCAUGUGUUUCUUUGUUGGCAAUGUCUUACCACAUCUUCCUUCACUACAAAUUAGAGAAGGAGCUAUUGAUAGACUCAUUACUUUGUAUAAAGAUUUCUUACCAUCGUCAAAAGGUUAUUUGACUCAUAAUGGAUUUGUUGAUGUUAAAAAUGUUCAAGUUAUAUUAGCAGAGCUUGGUAAAGUUGAAGAUGAGAUAUUUCGGAACAGGCGUGAUCGUGACAUAAAGGACAAAGAGCGACGAAAACAGCAGUCAAAAACGUCAAAAAAUAAUUUGGGAGGAGGGAGCUGGGAAGGAGCGUUACUAUCAGAACAAGUUUUGUGUUUUCAUGUGAUGAUGUGGAAUUUUACGAAAAAGUUGGAGAGUUAUGUCUCAGGGACUGUGUUGGGUAAUGAGCUCUUAUUAUCAGUUCCGACCAUUAGAACAACUUAUGGGUGUGGGUUUUCCCCAGCAAGUUGCAAAUUCCUUCCUCCCUGUAUGGCAAAACCUCAUGUUAGGACGAAAAUCCCACUUUUGACUCUGGCUAUAUUUUAUGAAGCUAAGCUCCUUCCUAACGUCAUUAUGCCUCCGCCCACUUUAAGACCUGACGACAUGAGAUUUGCUUCCACCUGCUCCAUCAUAUGCCUCUUGGACAACCACUUCCUCCUCCUCCAAGCCACACCUACUCGUCACCUUAUCAAGGCCCUCCAGGUUUUCCUAGCUAUCAACCUCAACAACACAGCUAUCAUCAAUCAUCCUAUCAACCUCGUCAUGAUCAAAGACUUCCAUAUCAACAAGAAUUUAGUAGAUCAUCUCAAAGCAACUAUCCACAAGGGAUUAUAA